GUAGGCCUGCUGAUGUUACACAACAAAACAAAAACUUGUCAAACUUUGCAGAGAGGACAUCCGAGCGAUUUGUAGGUUUAUUUUCACUAGAAUCAGCAUCUGAAAAUGAGAUUUACAUUCAAAAAGUAAUAAGAAAUAUUUAGACUGAUACGAGUAGGGAAUUCUAGUCGGAAUAACUGAUCAGGAUUUAUUUCGUGUUCACUAUGAGAAUAUUUAUUGCUAAAUUUCGACAGUAACCAGCUCGAGUAUCAUCUGGUGUAUCCUUAAAGCUAUAAUUACGUCCUCACAAGAACUCUUCAAGGCCAUGAAGGUUCCACUGUUCUUCAAAUCGCUUCUGCUGAGUAUUCCUGUUGGGGUCACAUUCUUCGAUUGUGUCGGUUACGUUGCCCGAGUGGAAGGCAUCUCGAUGCAGCCGGCACUGAAUCCAGACGGCAGUCCUGCAACCGAUUAUGUGUUCCUAUCCCGUUGGGCGGUCCGAAAUAUGGAAGUUGAGCGGGGUGACGUUAUUUCACUGGUUUCACCCAAAGACCCCGGCCAGAAGAUUAUCAAGCGAGUGGUGGGUCUGCAAGGUGAUGUCAUUUCCACACUCGGAUACAAGGUGCCCUACGUGAAGGUACCGGAAGGACACUGUUGGAUCGAGGGAGACCACACAGGAAAUUCCUUAGACAGCAACUCUUUUGGUCCCGUUUCGUUGGGGCUGAUUACCGCCAGGGCAACACAAAUCGUUUGGCCACCGUCACGCUGGCAAACACUCCACUCACAGGUUCCAAAAACACGACAUCCCAUAUCGCUCGGAAAAUCGACCAGCAGUAACGGCGGCGGUGGCACCAAUCAUCAGACUUUGCAAGCCCAGGAAAAGGCGUCGUAGGCAUCGAUUCCUCUCGGGCUGUGGUAUCAAGAACAGUGUUCGAAAUAACUUUGGAUGUGUGUGCGAGAGAAAGUGAGCUAAAAACCAGUCAAACCAAAUCCCGUUUUUAUUUCGGAAAUGUUUUAGCUCUACUAAACUAGGACUUGUUUCAAAUAUUUUCGUAUAUUAUCUUUCUUUUGAAUAUAUUUUUAGUGGAAGCGAUGUAUGAGAGCUGUUUCAA